CCGAUCUCCGGUCCGCGGGCGGCGGGACAACUACGCCAUUCGGUAGUCCAACCGCGUCAAGACGUCGAGAAGCGUUCGAGAUUAUCGUUCUGUUCCUUCUCCUUCUUUAAAUGACAUAGACAUAGACAUCCUUUUGCGUGUUUCUCGCGUUAAUAUCACUCCUCAUAGAACAUAUCUACUUUCGACCCUCUCCUCGAACGAUCCUUCACAACUUCAAUCUCCGACUCAUCUCCCCGCAGAACCCCUCCCACACCAUGUCUUCGGCCACGACUGGAACGUUCUCUGCGCCUGCAGAGGUGCACACCUUUGAUGGUCUUCUCUCCGACUUUGAUGGCACAAUUGUCGACUCUACAGAUGCUAUUGUGAAACACUGGCACCAAAUCGGUGCCGAGCUGGGUGUGGACCCUAAGACCAUCCUGGCCACCUCGCACGGCCGUCGCAGCAUCGACGUGAUGGGACUAUAUGACAAGACCAAGGCUAACUGGGAAUACGUCACCUUCAUCGAAGGCCGCAUCCCCCAAGAAUACGGCUCCGACGCCGUCGAAAUCCCCGGUGGCCGUGAUCUUCUCAGCGCCCUUGACAACUCCUCCGCCAAAUGGGGCGUCGUGACAUCUGGUACUCGCGCCCUGAUCGACGGCUGGCUCGGCGUUCUAGGUCUCACCCACCCGAAACACCUCGUAGUCGCUGAGGAUGUUGAGCUGGGCAAGCCCGACCCCCGCUGCUACCAGCUUGGAGCGAAGAAGAUCGGAUUGGAGAAUUCGAAGAACAUCGUUGUAUUGGAGGAUGCGCCAAGCGGAAUCAAAGCUGGCAAGGCGGCAGGUUACAAGGUGAUUGCUCUGGCUACGACGCACUCUUUGGAGAAGAUCCGGGAGGCUGGGGCGGACUGGAUUGUUGAGGAUCUGCGCAGCAUCUCGGUCAAGGACGUUGUGGAUGGGCAGAUUCAGCUUGAGAUUCGGAAUGCGCUGCAAUAGGCGCGGAGAUGUGUUGGGGUUUGGGGUUGCAUUGGGUGAUAUAGAUACAGGGACCAGGAUUUGGGUUACUGCUGGAUGAGUUGCACAGCAGGAGGUGAUGCUCUUGGCUUGAGAUAAGCGUGCACAGCAGGUUUCACAGUAGCUGUGCGAUCACUCCAUGGCUUGAUGCCGAGUCCCUCCAUGUGGAUACCUCCCUCAGUCUUCUCAGUACAUACACUUUCUACCCAUGGUCUGUCGUCGCUGUGGUAGUGUACAUAGCACCUUACUUGACCUGGUCUUGUUGAUCCUUUGCUUCCUGCCCAGUUCCGUACGUACAUUCUUGAACAUAUCUUACUGGCUAAAAGCCCGAGUAAAGGAG